UGGGAGGAUAACAUAAAUAUGCAAAGUGUGCGUGGGAUUGAUUGUAUGUCUGUAUGUAUGGUGUAAAAAAUCAUGAUGAGAGAAAUUAGGCUUCCAAUUCACCCCCCUAGGUUUAGUAGGCGGAAUCCUUUUCAGUUCAUUGGAGAAGAGAGAAGUGGGGGAGACGAUAUUAUGCUUUCAAUUCACCCCCAUAAGUUGGUACUCAGUGAAGAGAUGAAGAAUGAUGGAGAAAUUCUUUGUCGUUGGUGUUUGGAUCCAGUGAAGGAUGCUACCUACAAUUGCAACGACUGCUCUUUCUCUCUUCACGAGUCUUGUGGAGACGACCUUGCUCUAGGAAGGCAUAACCAUAGUUGAACUGACUUCAACAAAAACGAGGAUGGAUGCUAUAAUUGUUGCAUCUGUGGAGAAAUAGUGUCAGAAAGUCAUCCAAGCUAUGUAUGUGGCAAUUGCGACAUGUUUCUUCACAAGAGCUGCUCCAGCGAUUUGCCAAGUGAGAUUAAGCAUGUUUUCCAUCACAAACACCCUCUUUUUCUUCUCUCCAAUUGCGAAUGGUACGGCUCAUGUGAUAGCAAUGAUGCCUUUGUUUACUACUGCGAAUGUUGCACAUUCACCCUCGAUAUCAAGACUGCUCUCCAACGACCUUUGUGUUUACAGGAAUCGGAAAAUCACAAACAUCAAUUUAUUCCCCUUAUGAGGUCAGAAUAUUCUUCUCCCUGUGAUGCUUGUGGCCUCAAAUUAAAAAAAUUUGGGUCGUCAGGCGGAUCUUUCCUAUGCACCAUUUGUCAGAUCAUUGUUCACGACGACUGCAUCUCACUCCCACACACAAUCAAAAUAUUUCAUCAUGAUCACCCCCUCACCCAUACUUUCUUCUUUCUACUUAAAGAAGAAGACAUGCCUCCUGUUGAUCAAUUAAAUUGUCGAAUUUGCCGUACCAAGUUUGACAAGGAUUUUGGAGGUUACUAUUGUGUGGACUGCCAUUUUGUUACCCACGUGGGCUGCGCGAUUAGAAAUCAGAUUUCAACAAAUAACUCAAUCCUGAAUGCUCAAGAAGCGAUUGUUGAUUUGGUCAGGGAGAUUAAGCUGACGGAAGAUGAAUUGCCCGUACAGAUUAAGCACUUCAGUCACGAGCACAAAUUAAGUCGUAGUGAUGAAAUGGAGGAUAAAUGUUGUGAUGGCUGCAUCCGACCUAUCUCACAUCCAUUUUACAGGUGCGUGGAGUGUGGCUUUUUUCUCCACAAGACCUGUAUUGACUUGCCAAACCAAAUAAGACCUGUUUUUCAUGACCACCCCCUAACCCUUCUUCCGAGUGGGCCUGAUGACAAUGGUACUUUCCGCUGUUCUUGCUGUUAUUCGGAUUGCCAUGGCUUUGUAUAUGCUUGUGAAGAAUGCAAAAACUUCUAUGCUGAUGUUCGAUGUGCAUCAAUCCCACUAAAUAUUAGACAUCCUGGUCAUGAUCACAUACUCUCUUUCACUCGUAUACCCAGUCAUAAUAGAUAUUGCUACCCUUGCAGUUCCAAAGCUAAAUAUCUAUUUCAAUGCAAUGAGUGUCCAUUUGACAUAGAUUAUAGAUGUGCUACACUACCGUCUACAGCUAGAUAUUGGGAUCAUGAACAUCCUCUAGUACUCUGCUAUCAUACAAAUGAUGAUGGUUCUGAUGCUUAUUACUGUGAUAUUUGUGAAAAAGAGAGAGAUCCAAAGCAUUGGUACUACUAUUGUGCUCAAUGCGACUAUGCUGGUCAUCCUGAUUGUGCUCUUGGUGAGUAUCCAUAUCUCCUUCCAGGACGAUUAUACAACAUGUCAUGUCGUUUUUUCAUCCUCCGGGGAUCUGAUUUUCAGCACAACAUUAAUUUAUGUAGUGAAUGUGCAUCACUUCCGUGGAUUCCAAAAACAUUUAGUGAUCUCAAGUUACAUAAACAUCCUCUCGUCUUAGCCAACCACAAUCAUUAUGGAAACAAAGAUUGUGGUAUAUGCCAGAAAAUAAUAUUUUGCAUCUGGUUUUGUUGUGGAAAAUGUGAUUUCGUUGCUCAUUUUGAAUGUGUUUUGCGAGACGACUUCCAUGUUCAACCUCGCCAAAUGACUCUUAGCAUUGUCAAAAGAACAAGUUGGGGGUGUCUUCCAUGUAUGGUGUGCGAUGAGGAUUGCAGAGAUGGGUGCCUCCAGUGUCCUAAGGGCGAAUGCAGCUUUUGCCUUCAUUUCGAUUGUGCACGUUUUAUUGAAGAUUAUUCGUACAACUGAUGCUAUAGUAUACCUUUCAAAUUAAUAAGGGUUAAUUGGUGAUGGCCUAGUUUUUCCCCUUCUAUAACAAUGUACUCGCAGAUGUGAUCUA